CUGGGCUGGAGGGUGUCUCCCAAGUCCAUACACAGAGAGGGAGAGCCCAGGAGUCCAGAGCAGGUCAGACAGACAGGAAGUUGUGACAUGAGGGAUUCCCUGUAACACUGACAUUAAGCCAAUUAGCUCCUGGGACACAGGCAGGAGGGCUUCUCUAACAAGCACUGACCCUUGUCAAUCUCCUGCACAUAGCAAGGCAGCACAGGGACCUGUCCUAAUACUGAGCAGCCUAUUGCACAACCCCUCUAGCUGCAGGGCCAUACCCCAGCCCUAAUACAGAGCUCUCUGUACACACAUUGCCCUCCCACCCCACUAGAAAACACAGGGGGCAAUCACCCUACCAAAACACAGGACCCCUUCAAACCCAGUGUAAACCCUGAUGGAGAUCAUACCAUGCCCGGUGUGGGAAACAGAAUAGUGAGGUCUCAGACUGGGGGUGUAGUGUAUAUAACCCCGACACUACAAGCCUUUUUAUCCCAGGGUUCCCUAGAUUCCUGUGGCUCUCAGAAGACAAAUAAGAAAUAUCCGCUGUGAGAUUUAGUUAUUAUUAUUUUUGUGUGUGUGUGAGAUAUUUUUUUACUACCUUCACAAGCGCAUGUGUUGGAUGUAUAGAGUAACAUGUCCCGGUAAAUGAUUAUCAAAUGUAUUGACUUUUCAGUGAUCCAGAAGACAACUAGGGAACAGAAUCCGUGGUGGACUCAUGAAAUAUCCUCAGAUCAAAAAGUUAAUUCAAUGUCUUGUUUGGUAAGUCUGAUUAGUAUAUGAUUCUUUAUAUGACACAACAGGAUAUGUUUAGGUUUCAUUGACUAGGUUUCAUUGACUAAAUAAUGGUAUAAACCAGACUUCCCCAAACUCUGGCCUUCCAGAUGUUGCUGAAAUAUAUUAAUAAUAAUAAUAACUACAAUUCCCAUGAUUCUCAACCUAUUUCAUUCAUAGUAUCAUGGGAGUUGUAGUUCAGCAACAUCUGAAGGGCCAGAGUUUGGGGAAGCCUGCUCUAAACAGUACUGGAAACUAUUGCUCAUUGAUAAAAGUGCCUGUAACAUUUGCUUGUUUUAUAUGUCAAUGUGUUUCUUUUGUUGAUCUACACAGGGUCAGUCACUAAAGUGUGAGUUGUUGUUAACUUGAAGUGAAUUUCAAAUGUUAGGCUAAAAUAACUAAAGAGUAAACCUUGUCUGAUAUGGGGAAAUUUUUCCAAUUUGGGUUUUACUAACUUGUAGUGAAUUUCAAAUGUUAGAACAAUCAAAUUGAGAAAAAAAAAUCCCCAAACCAGACAUGGUUUAAACUUAAGCUAUUUUAGCCUAAAAAAAAUAAAAUUUACUUUGAAUUCUCCACAAUUCCCACUUUAGAGAAUAACCCUAUCAGUACUGGGUUCUUUACAUUUAUAUAAUCUGUGAAGAAUCCUGCAGUCUUGUCUUGUUGUCUUUUGCUCUCUCACAUGCUUGUGAGUACUCCAGUAACACAGGCUUCUUGUUAGAGCGAUGAAGUUAGAGGUUCAGAGAAGUAUUUCUUAACUUGCUUCUCUCUGCAAACAAUGCAAGACCUCGCACGUGAAAGGUCCCAGAAUCUUCCAGAUGGACACUCGAACAGGUGUAUUUAUGAAAGUGAGAAUUCAAGGUGCAUUUCAAAUUUAACAUCAAAAUAGCUAAACUGGAGUAAUUCUCUAAGCCAACAAUAUUUUCAAUUUGCCUACUCUGGUAUUAAAUUUGAAAUUCACUUUGAAUUCAUAUUUAGUAUAUAACACUGAAUGUGAUCCAUAGAUCCUGUCCCUCUAGUCUGGCAAUGUAAAACAUUGCCAUUACUGUGAAACAGCAGAUUGACAGCCACUGGAGGCGGUUCCUCAUUGAGACACUUCACACACAGAAUAAGUUGUCAAAUGCUGUAAAUGCUUUUUAUAGCAAAGCAUUGUAGUCAGUGCAUCUGUGAGAGGUAAUCAAUUGUUGCAUAUGCACAACAGAUUCCUAAUAUUUCUUUUUGGGAAUCAUUGGAUUGGACCACUGAUCUCGGAGAGGAGAGCGCCCGGCGCUGGUUUAUCAGUGAGUAAAACACGUUUUGUUUUUUAAAGGUUAACGUUAGCGUUUCCCUUUAACUUUUUAUAUUUGUUUCCUGAAAAUAUUGAUAUAUGUUUCUGUUGGACAUUUAUUUGCCUUUUUGGUAAAAUAAUGACUUGAUGUAGCUUCUGACGUGUUUUACAUAUGUCUGCUCCUAACUUGCCAUAUAUAAAUAAAUCUUUUAAUUUUUUUUAUAAAUUAUUUUUAUAAUGUUGAUUUUAGGUUAUUGUAAAUGUUAAAGGUUUGCAAGGACAGGGUCCUUGUACCAUAAUCACUGUUGCCUUAUACUGGAUACUCAAAUAACGAUUUUCAAUUUUCCAUUAAUUUUGAAAUUGACAUGCUUUUGAAGUUUUUUGGCGAUCGAGGAGAGGGGGGUUAUUUAGUAAAGAGUACAUUGUCAGGAAUUUGCAUAAAUUUAAAACUUUGGCUCAAUGUAGGCUCCUUUUCAGUUUGGCUCAUUUGACCUUAAAUGUAUUUAAUAAAGAGUGAUUUGACUGGAAAUGAGCAUUUCCUGUAUGAUGACCACAUGCUGGCUCGUUUCCCGCACAUCAUUGUCUGCCAUUUUUUUUAUUAUAUACAUAUUUCAAUAGCAAAGCAGGAGAUGGGUUUGUUGGAGGAUUACAAUAGAUAGGCUGGUUCUCCUGCAUUCAUUCCUCUGCCACUAUGUAUUUUUAAUAUAAAUGUGGUGGGGGCUCUUUGGGCACGCAAUGUUUGUUAUAAAAAGAUAAUAUUGUACAUACUUUGAAUGGGAAUAUGAAUGCAAUAUCGAGAAAAAAAAAAAGAAAAGAACAAACAUGCAUACAGAAAUAAUUACUUGGUGCGUUUUCAAAAUAAACGUACAGAGAUUGAUCAUAUUGGCUAGUUUUCUGUCUGUUAAAAAGCAUAAAUAUUCCGAACAAUUUUUUUUAUAAAAAUACAUAUAUAUAUACACUACAAAAUUGUCUCUUGGCAUGCAUUUUUUUUCCCCUUCACAUUGUAGUUUAUACCUAAGGGAUGAAAUGUCAUUGCAGGCGUCUUAGUAAGUAAAUAAGUUACCUAGGAAGCUAAUGGAAAACAGACGCAGAGGCUAGUCUUGACACUGCACUCAAUGGUCUACGAUCUGGGUGCCGUUAAUAAAUAAUGCUUCCUUUUCAGGAUUGUUCCUGCUUGAGAGGGACACCUGUCAAAUCAAUAAAUCAAGAUAAGGAGUCUACCUCCAGCAUCUAUUCUCACUGGGUAAGUACAGUAUCUUUGCGUUAUCUAUUGAAUGUGAGCAUUCUACUGUGACAUUGCCUGAUUGUCUGUUAGUGAUCUGGACAGAGAAUUUUAUUAUUUACAUUUUUCCAUUUUUCUGAAAAUCCUUGUUCGGCUAGUUAUGGGUUUAAUAAAAAUCAUACUCUAAAAUGUAUGAAUCAUGAUGACCUUGAGUAAAUAACCUGUUUUUUCAGCAAUUUAUUAUUAUUAUAAUUAGCAUUUGUAUAGUAAGAAGUCUAUAUAGGUGUGCUGUGUCUUUAAGACAAAAAUGUAUUUUAAAGUGCAGCAAGUGAUUUGAUGUGCAAAAGUGCAAUUGCAUUAUAGUGCAUAAAAUUUCAUAACACAUAUAUUGUGCACAUAUGUGCAAAACUGUGAUAAAAAUACACAAAAACUCACACUAAAAUGUAUAUGCUGGUCAUCUCCAUAUGUGUGUGUGUGUGUGUGUGUGUGUGUAUAUGUAUGUAUGUAUGUAUGGGAAAAUAAAAUACAAAUAGUGUAAAUCUAUAUAACCAAAAACAAAUUAUAAUACAUAAAAUGCACACUCACACAAGUAGAGCAAAUGAGCCUGCUCUAACUGUGACCACUCCAAACAUCACUCCCUCCUGGAGUAGAAAAUGACAGAGACAGUCGAUCCACUUCACAGAUUUAUUGCACAAAAUACCAUAUAGCAGCUUCGUCCAGAAUCCCCCCUUUUAGCAGUACAACAGUUCAGGUUACAAAAGUAUAAAGCCAGCUUCUUUCUCUAAAGUAACCGAGUGUACCGCAAUCAAAGACUUCCAGGGGGCGGAGUUACAAGUCUGCAGGCGUACAUGCGCGGUCGAGCUUAAUGACGCGUUUCGCCGUAAUCACGGCUUCUUCCAAUCUGCCCACUUUUGCCUGUCUUUUAUACACACCCAUAUGGGCGUAUUUACCUUCCCUCCGUCAAUACAAUCUUGUAAUUGGGAAAGCGUCCGGAUGUGAAUAGUUGGAGUCUCUCCAAAAGUGCAAAUUCACUAAUCACAUCUUUAUUAAACAUAUAUACACAUACAUAGCAAUUUAAUUUUCACUUGUUCUUAUUUUAGCAUUUGUAUAGCACCAACAUAUUCCACAGCACUUUAUAAUUAUACAAAACGGGGUAUUAGAGGUGAAGAAUGCACUGUUUAAAUGAUCUGACAAGCUGAGGAUUUCGAGGUAGACGGAUGUAUAUCGUUAGGUAUCUUGACCAAGGGCACUUACUGGUGAGGUGUUCUGACUCGGUUUUUCAGUUCUAAUUCAGUGCCAUUAACACUGGUCUAAUUCAUGAGUGCAGUUGCUAUUUUCUGUCCUCUGUUUAAAAAGUCUACUGAGCUUCCAGGGAGUUGCCAUCUUGUAUUACUCCAUAUUUCUUAGCAUGUGACUUAGUGUGUGGGUGGAUAAGGAUAUAAUCACUUACAUCCUGUUUGAUCCCAUCUUAUAAGGAAACCGAUAAAGACUAGUGAAUUGUUAAAAUGACAUGGAAAGCCAGGGGGUGGCGUUAUCGCGGCAAACUUUAAGAAAAGUGUUUUUUUGUGGUUCUAUGACUUCCCUUCACCUGUAGUGCAAAUAAAAUGUGAUAAUGCAAAUCAAAAUGGAUUGUUGUUCCAAAAUGGCUUGUUAAAAACUAGAAACAGGUUUUCGUAUUGGGACAGGUUCAGGUAUGGACAUUUCACUUUCACUGGCCUCAGACCACCAGCAGCAAUAUCACCGUCAGUCUUUAAAAAUUAUGCAGAGUCCCCAGACGGUGACAUUGCCACUGUAGGGACGAAGACAAUUCAAGUUCUGAACCAAAUCCUAGCAUUUGCAUGUGUUUGUUUGACUGUAGCGUUUCUCUUUAAGUGCCCCCAUAUAUAUUAUAUAUAUUUUUUUUAAGGACCGGACUGACUUUAUUUUAAUACCCUAUAUGUUUACCUAACACAACAGUAAGUGUUAAUAAAAUGUUAAAAAUGGAGGGGGAGAUAAUUUUUUAACAUUUUUGUUUAUAAUCCUUUUUUUUCCCACAACCAGUGCAACCUAAUAAAAAGAGCUCAAAAUAGAUUUACAUAUCAGUCCUGAUUGUAAAAUACCUCAUGUUUAGGAUCUAGAUUAGUUUGCAAUUCCCUGGAUUCACUGCUAUCAGUGUUCAUUACCACUUUAUCUAUUUAUUUCCAGGCAGGUGAACUGCCGCAGUGUUGGAGUCCUCCUGUGCCAGGAGAACAUGAAAUGCCAGUACGCUGCUCUGAAGCUUCCAGCUAUGAACUGCAAGAGGAACUUGGUACAACAUUCUUUUCAUGUUUCUCAGAAUUCUCUAUCAGUAAAGACAUAUAGACUGUUUUUAAAAUUAAAAGUUAGACAUGUGUUCUCUAAACAUGGGGUUUAAGUAUCCAGGGUAGAUUAUGGUACAUAGUUCUUAAAGUUUAAUAUAGCAUUCCAUUGGUUUCCAAGGAGAUUGCUCCACUUUUAGAGUCAUUAUACAGAGCCCCCAUAGCUUGUGACGACUGACAAGAAUCGACUGGAAUUAUGAAACUGUGACAGAGCUCCUGUACUCCAAGCGAGUACCUCCGCCCAAUCCGCUUCCUAGCCGCUUGCAGGAACCCUGGAACUCUUCCGCAGUCGCCGCAGCUUGACUGGGGUCCUUCUGGAGCUUUUCCACCCGACCAGGCUGCAGCUUUCCUUCAGGCAGGUAUCAUCCCCUCUGCCUAUGUCGCUGCAGUCCUUCUCCAGGCACGUAUCACCCCCUCUACCUAUUCCACUGCAGCCCUUCUUUCAGGCAGGUAUUAUUCCCUCUGCAGCUCUGCUAGCAAUGAUUGCUAUUGUCUUUACAAAGGCACUUACAGCUCUAAGGCCUAGCUCUUUUUAUUUAUCCCGGGGCCAGAAAAAUCAUGUAGCUAGCUAACAAGUCAAAAGAUGCUGACACUUGGAUCUCUAAAAAUCCACACAUAACACCCAGUUCCAUAUUGAACUAAUAUACAAUACUUUAUUUUUCUUGGGACUAGCCCAUAUGUUCAUCACAUAAACAUUGCUGUGACAAACCUAAUAAUAUUAAAAUAACCAAAACAUGUCACAAAAUAUACAGGAAGUUAUAAUGACAUAAUAAUAUAUUAAUAAAGGAAUGGAGAAGACAAUAAUUAACAGAAAAUAUCUCUUCUGUCUGCAGAAUUAGCAAUGUGCAAAUCUACCCGAAUAUGCAAAUUAGCAAGCCUUGCUAUUCAGAUAGUGCAUACAGCUGUUGCAAGACCUUUGCAACCAACAGGUGGCGUUGUACAGGCUCCACAGCCAAAUCCACCAAGUUGAUUGCAAGCAUUAGCAAGACAAAAGAGCACACUAACCUUUAACCCCAAACAACCAUAUUACACACACCUUGCACCUACAAUGGACACAGGGUGACUUAAACAUGGGAAUCAUUCAGAAACCUAAUUGAAUUGUCCACCAUAAGCUCUUGGUGAUGGUGACUACUGUCACAGAAACCACAUAAGUAUUUUAUGUAUUUGUUUAGCAGGUUAUCUAUUCAUACCUUGAGUUUUCUUGUAUGUCUUUACUUGCUAAAAUUAAUACUAACACUUGAAGCCUGUUUCAGGUACAUGCUUCCCUUUCGAUAAAGCAGUAUUUAGCUUUAUUUUUUUAACUUUACCUCCUAAUCUUCCACUUUCCAAAUCAAAAUCUUUUCUCAGUUGAAAUGGUUCAUUUUUGUCUGAAAGAUGCCCAGUUUUGGCUUCCCACCUUUUCUUUGUAGGAUUAUUCUCUAGUGAAGUGAGAAUUCAAAGUAAAUAUCAUGUUUAAGGUCAAAAUAGCCAAACUGGAAGAAUUCUCAGUCACUUUAGCCCCACAGCAAUACUAGAGUUGGACUGCUAUUCUACAUACACAGUUUUGGCCAUUAAUAAAGGUAUUUCCUAUUUAAUUUACUGCAACAUGUUGUAAAUAACUCCCUUUCAAUGCAUAUAUCACAGCCUAGAGAUGCCUAACACUACAUUAUCUUCUGUAAUAUAUUUCCUUAAUUAUUUUCCCCUUGUCCUGCAGAAUGCUUGUUAAUGUAUUCUGAUACUCGCGCAUCUUUCAGGCUUCAUGUUAUUGACCUUGAUUGUUUUACAAAUAAAGAAUUAUUGAAAAUGUGUGUGUAUCACACGUGGCACAUUCUUUAUCUGUACAGCCCAAGUCUGAUCACUCUGAAAAUGCUAACCAGUGAGUUAGUGCUGGUAUCAAGACUGAGCACAGAUUGAUACUAGCUGAGAUUCGUGAUGCAGGACACAGUUUGGAAGUAUUGGAACAUUUCGUCUGAAUUUGUUCGCAAAAUUCUGUUUUUCAUUUGUCUCUGUUCACAAUUCCAGGUAAAGGUUUUGGCAAUUUAACCACUGUCUACCUCGCUCGACACACUCCAAGUGGAACACUUAUCACUGCGCGACUCACCGACCUGGAGAGCUGCUCUGAUGAACGCCUGGCUGCCUUACAGGUAAACAUUGUGCUGGUUUUAGAGAACAUUUUCAUGUAUGAUUUCCACCUACAUGCCCAUGACACUUCGGUUUCUUUCAGUACUGCUAAUAAAAGGAUUUAUCUGUGCUAAAAACUGUAGUCUGAUUUAUUCUUCUGUCCACCAACAUGAGAUGAGUAUGUUGGUCUAAAGACCUGUGCCACUUUGCCAUGUUUUUUGUUGAAUUAUUUCGUUUUCUUGGUACCUGUGGCUGCUAAACAUGCUCAUCUCUUGGCAUUGUGGUCCAUAUGUCCUGGAUAUGUGACUGAAUACUAACCCAUUUAACAUUUAUCCUGUGUGAUGCUGUUUUUCAGAAUGUGGUGGUUAUGGCGCCAUUGCUUCGCCACCCUAACGUUAUGACCUCUUGGAAGAUAUUUACUUCUGGGACCUGGCUUUGGGUUAUUAGUCCUUUCAUGGCAUACAGUAAGUGAUUGUGUAUAUUAUGGAACAAUUAAGGUAGAAAGAGCGCUCUAGAGGCAUGUACACUCAGAGGCAUAACUAGAGACCCUCCGGAUGUUACAUCUUUCUCCCAGCUCCUCCAUGUGUCUCUCCAUGUGUCUCAUUCCCUCCCCCCAGCUCCUCCAUGUGUCCCAUUCCCUCCCACUCAGCCCCUCCAUGUGUCCCCUUCCACCCCCAUUUCCCCCCAGACCCUCCACGUGCCCCAUUUCCCCCCAGACCCUCCACGUGCCCCAUUGCACCUCCAGACCCUCCACGUGCCCCAUUGCACCUCCAGACCCUCCACGUGCCCCAUUGCACCUCCAGACCCUCCACGUGCCCCAUUGCACCUCCAGACCCUCCACGUGCCCCAUUCCCCCUCCAGACCCUCCACGUGCCCCAUUCCCCCUCCAGACCCUCCACGUGCCCCAUUCCCCCUCCAGACCCUCCACGUGCCCCAUUCCUCCUCCAGACCCUCCACGUGCCCCAUUCCCCCCUCAGACCUCGCGUUACCCCAUUCCCCUCAGGGCCCUCCACGUGCCCCAUUCCCCCUCCAGACCCUCCGCGUUGCCCCAUUCCCUCCAGACCUCCGCGGUGCCUGUUCCCCUCCAGACCCUCCGCGUGCCCAUUCUCCUCAGACCCUCCGUGCCCCAUUCCUCCUCAGGGCCUCCGGUGCCCAUUCCUCCUCCAGACCCUCCCGCGUGCUUGUUCCGCCUCCUCCAGACCCUCCACGUGCCCCAUUCUCCUCCAGACCCUCCGUGCCCCAUUCCCUCCUCCAGACCCUCUCCCGCGUGCCCCAUUCCCGACCAGACCCUCCCGUACUUUGCAUUCCCGACCAGACCCUCACGUGCCCCAUUCCCGACCAGACCACUCCGUGCCCAUUCCUCCUCCAGACCCUCCGUGCCCAUUCCCGACCAGACCCUCCCGUUGCCCAUUCCCGACCAGACCCUCCAUUGCCCCAUUCCCGACCAGACCCUCCGUGCCCCAUUCCCGACCAGACCCUCCGUGCCCCAUUCCCCGACCAGACCCUCCGCGUGCCCCAUUCCCGACCAGACCCUCCGGUGCCCCAUUCCCGACCAGACCCUCCGUGCCCCAUUCCCGACCAGACCCUCCGUUGCCCCAUUCCCCGGCAGACCCUCCACAUGCCCAUUCCCCCCAAACCCCUCCGCGUGCCCUCCCCAACCCCUCCACGUGUCCCACUCUCCCCCAACCCCUCCCAUGUGUCCCACUCCCUCCCAUGUGUCCCACUCCCCCCCCCAGCCCAUCCAUGUGUCCCAUUCCCCUUGUAGCCACUCCAUGUGUCCCAUUCCCCUUGUAGCCACUCCAUUUGGCUACUUCCCCCCCUAGUCCCUCCAUGUGUCCCAUUCCGCCCCUAGUCCCUCCAUGUGUCCCAUUCUGCCCCUAGUCCCUCCAUGUGUCCCAUUCCGCCCCUAGUCCCUCCAUGUGUCCCAUUCUGCCCCUAGUCCCUCCAUGUGUCCCAUUCCCGACCAGACCCUCCAUGUGCCCCCAUUCCCGACCAGACCCUCCAUGUGUCCCAUUUCCCCCCCUAGUCCCUCCAUGUGUCCCGUCCCCCCCUAGUCCUCCAUGUGUCCCAUUCCCCCCCUAGUCCCUCAUGUCCCCAUUCCCCCCCUAGUCCCUCCAUGUGUAUUCCCCCCAGUCCCUCCAUGUCCCUCCCCCCCAGUCCCUCCAUGUGUCCCAUUCCCCCCCUAGUCCUCCAUGUGUCCCAGUCCCCCCUAGUCCCUCAUGUGUCCAUUCCCCCCCCUAGUCCCUCCAUGUGUCACAUUCCCCCCCCUAGUCCCUCCAUGUGUCACAUUCCCUACUCCCCAUCCACUCCAAGUGUCCCAUUCCUCCUCCUCCCCAGUCUCUCCAUGUUUCCCUUUUUCUCACACAGCCCCUCAAUGUGUCCCAUUCCCCUUCAGCCCUUGUGUCUUAUUCCCUCCCAGCCCCUCCAUGUGUCCUAUUCCUCCUCCUCCCCAGCCCCUCCAUGUGUCUCAUUCUCUCCCCUAGCCCCUCUGUGGACCAUUCCCUCUCCCCCAGACCCUCCAUGUGUCUCAUUCUUUCCCCCCAGCCCUUCUGUGUCUUAUUACCUCCCCCCAAGCCCUUCCAUGUGUCUCAUUCCCUCUCCGGAUAGCCACUUCAUGUGUCCUAUUCUCCCCCCUCAGCCCCAUCCAUGUGUCUCAUUUCCUCCGCCCCCCAGCCCCUCUAUGUGUCCCAUUCCCUCCCAUCCCAGCCCCUCCAUGUGUAUCAUUCAUUCCCCCAUUCCUCCAUUUGUAAGCACCAACAUAUACGUAGAGUGUUACAAAGACUAUGUGUAAAAGUGCUGUUAUUGGGCUUAUAGUGUUCCUUAGGGCAAAGUAUUUCACUAUUUUGUCUUAAGUAAUAGUUUUUCUUAAGACUGGUAUAAACUUUUUAACCAACCCCCUCCAGGGCAAUGAAUAAAUAUGUAAUUUACUGUUGAGAAAAAUAAUAUAUUAAAUUGCUAAGUCUGGAUGUAAAACAAAAUGUAACUUUUGUCCACUAUAGCCAUCAUGCCUAUUCUGAAAAAACAACAAAGUGGUGUGGGAUGGUUAUAAUAUAAGUUCAUAAUAAAUGAUAAACAUCACCAGAAAAAAACCCAAAAAAGAAUACCAGUAUAUGCUGAACAAGUAUCGAAUUCAGUAUUUAGGAAUGAUACUCAAAUAUAGUAAUUUUGAAAAUUUAAUGAGCUUAAAAAGAUAGACAUAGUUAUAUAUAUUUAUUUAUUUAUUUUUAUUUUUAUUUUUUAAAGUAUGCUAAUGUAAAAUGUUACAAAGUUUAAAGGGGUAUAAUAUAACACAUUGCACAUACAAACAUAAAACGUUGAUAAACUAAGCAGCGCUAAAUUGUGGUCACUUGGAUCCCUCCGGUAGAGACAGAAACAGAAAAUUCCUCAGUUACUUGAAUAGGUCCAGAUCCCUUGUCUAAUAAACGGUGUAAGUAGCAUGCGCCACGAGUGAAGGUCCUUAUGUCCACAAGCAAAGCCACAGAAUGAAGAUGGUUAGAAUGAAGUUACGUCUCACUGGUGGACGUAAGGAUCUUCUUAAUCAUCUGAAAUAAAGUGAGAGCCUCUCAAAGCCUCAAUUUGCAAGCGAAUCAGGGUGGGAAAUUAUGUUGACUGCUGAAACUCUAUUAGUUGAAACUUUGUUCAUGUAAUGUUAAAAAUAUAUUUCUCUAAAUAUAUAGUUCUACUAAUUUCUCCAGCUAUGAAAUUGCUCUGGAUUUUGGUGAUUUCAGUAUACAAGCUCUCAGACGGCAAAUGUCGUCCUUGCAGGCAUUUUGAAAAACUAUUCGGCUAAUUAUAUAUAUUUUUUUUUUCAUGUCACCAAAGGUUCUGCUAGUAGCCUGCUGAAGACCUAUUACCCUGAUGGUAUGAGUGAAGCUAUAAUAGCAUACAUUUUGUAUGGGGCAUUAAAAGGAUUAAAUUAUCUCCACCAAAACGGAUGCAUUCAUAGGUAAGCUGAUGAAAAGAAACAUGUUAUAAAUCAUUGCCGGGAAGUUCAUGCUUGGAAAUUGAAGCUUAUAAAACUGCAUUACUUCCAUAUGUUGGGUUUAUCCUAUAAGCUUGAGAUCUAUUUAAUAAGCUUAAGAGUUUUAAUUAAUUGUUAGAGCCAUGUAAUAUAAUUAGUCUUUGUAGAUGUACUGUGAUUGACAAUAAAAAUUUUAAUUUUUUUAAAUUCAUAGUUUUAUCCCCUUCCUCUGUUCGUUUAUUAAUAAUUUUAUCCCUUUAUCAUUAUACUUUCCAUGCAUGUAAAAAGCACAGUACAUCACACAGUUUAUGCUCUCUUGCUUUAAGGGAAACACCAGACCUGCAGCACUUUAGUUUACUCAAAUGCUUUAUGUGUGAAGAGUUUGUACAUAAAGCUCCUCAGAUUUCACUUUGAUAAAUUAAAAUGGUUACACUCCCUGGCUGUCAAUCAGAUAACCAGCCCUGUAAUUUCCUGGUUUGGUUAACUCAGUGGAGCUAAACUCAAGAGGCAGCAAUUGCUCAGAGCACCUGCCUUGCAAAGACUUCUCAUUGAGCUGCGUUGGGAAGUCUGUGAUUGGACAACUACAGAAAGUCUGGGCAGGGUUAGAAGGGGAGGGUUUGCAAAACUGUAUUUAGCUAUACCCCCAAACAAACAAAUGCAUAAUUAAAUGCAACUGGCUGGAUGCUCACAGACAAUCCUUGGUAUUCCAUUGAUCUCUGUUGAAAAGUACACAAAUGUGUAAUCAGAAAGGCUCGUGAUCAUGUGUAUGCAGCACUUCACUUACAGAUUUGUGCUUCUCAUGUGAAGGAUGAUGGUGCUGAUGGGGAAAUAUCUCUCAAUGUACCAAAGAUAUCUUUUGGAAUGGCUAUUGUUGUCAAACAUUCCAUAAUGGUGGAGAAUCACAACUAUUCCUAAAUUUGACACACGACUUAACAAUAAAUUCACCCCAUGGAACUGACAGUGAUUAGAUGGCAGAUCUUUUAUAAUCACACUCUAAUCUAGAUGUAUUUUAUUGUAACAAACUGCCCCUUCACAAAAAAAAACGUUCUAGCACUGAGACAAAUACUUAACGUGAGUUGUGCUAGCUAUCGCUUAGUUCUUCUCUACCUAUUACUGCAGUGUGAUGAACUGUUGAUCACCACUCGCAUUUUAGUAAAUCAGUCAACAAUGUGUCUAAAGUGCAUGUGUGGCCAUUUUACUGUUUUCUGUUUUGGUUGCUACACUGUCAGUAAAGAUUACAUUAAUAGAUGGACAAGCAUCAGGACAAUUGUUUGGAAUUUAGAGAAUAUACUUGGCUAUGUCUUGAGGACUGGAAGGUAAGAAGGAAUAGUGCCUGCUUGGCUGCCUGUGACUGCCCUCAUACGAUAAUCUAUAGAGCAAUAUACACACUCCCCCAAGCGCAUUCUUAACGUGAAACAGCUGCAGUGAAGGGGCUAUUAAUAGUAAAGUGCAUACCAUUGCUUUUAGGCUGCAGCACAUGUUAAUGAAAACCCUAAGCAGUGAAAGUAUUUUACCUACGGCUUAGUGUUUUGGUUUUUGUUUAUUAACCAGCUAAGUUAAUGGUUGACUUUUGCAAUGAGUUGCUGGUUAGAUUCUUGCAAAUUCUGCAUAAUUGCACUGUUUGUCUUUUGCCGGUAGCACUAUUAUAUUGAUGCUAUGUACUCCAGAAGUGUAAUAUCCUUUGAUUUAGUAAUUCGGUAUUACCAUGUUAUGACUUGUGCUAUUUAAGAUGCUGCUCAACAUCUUUCGUUCCUUUGGGCUUUGCUUGUUUGACUCAUAAGUUUUCACUAUCGACGUUAAUAUUUAAUAUUUUCAUGGAAAAAAGUAAUGAUGAUGAUAAUAAUUACAACUAGACUGCAGUACUAUAUAAUAAAAAGAGUAUUGAUGCUGAUACAAUGAAUUGUUGUAUGGGAGCUGGUGAAUUUAGCUUUUAUACCUGAUUGCUUUCUGGUUGGUUAUUAACACCCUGGCUAGAGAUUGUAUACCGUGAGGUAAAAAAAAAAACCUUUGACGCUACAGCUGUAUAAAAGCACUUUAACCCCUUAAGGACACAUGACAUGUGUGGCAUGUCAUGAUUCCAUUUUAUUCCAGAAGUUUGGUCCUUAAGGGAUUAAACAUGUGUACAGGAAUGUUCUUUAUUAAACAAACUGCUGUCCCUAAGCUGCUCAGGCUGGACACAUGCAUUUAACUUAAAAGGACACUAUAGUCACCAAAACAACUUUAGCUUAAUGAAGCAGUUUUGGUGAAUAGAUCAUGUCCCUACAGUCUCACUGCUCAAUUCUCUGCCAUUUAGUAGUUAAAUUACUUUAUUAACCCUAGUCACACCUCCCUGCAUGUGACUUGCACAGCCUUCCUAAACACUUCCUGUAAAGAGUCAUUUAAAGUUUAUUGUUCCUUUAUUGCAAGUUCUCUUUAAUUUAGAUUUUCUUAUCUCCUGCUAUGUUAAUAGCUUGCUAGACCCUGCAAGACCCUUCUGUAUGUGAUUAAAGUUCAAUUUACAGAGAAAGAGAUACAAUUAUUUAUAAGACCACUAUAGGCACCCAGACCACUUCAGCUCAGUGAAGUGAUAUGGGUGCCAGGUCCCUCUAGUGUUAAGCCUGCAGCUGAAAACAUAGCAGUUUCAGAGAAACUGCUAUGUUUCCCUGAUGGUUAACUCAACCUGAAAAUAACAGUGAGAAGACACUGGAAGUCCAUAGGAAAACAUUGAGAAAUGCUUUCCUAUGGGCGGUUUGAAUGCGCUCGCGGCUCUUGCUGCGCACAUUCGGCACUGACGUCGGCAGGAGGAGGAGAGUUCCCCAGCGCCGAGGGAGCCCUUCAGCCCAGUGGGAGUGGGACCCUGAGGGUGCGGGGGUACCUAAAGACCCUAUAGUGCCACGGCACUAUAGUGGUCCUUUAAGGUAAAUUACAUCUUAAUGAAAGUGAAACCAGUUUUUUUUCAUGCAGGAUAUGUCAAUCAGAGUCAGGGGAGGUGUGGCAAGGGCUGCAUAAACAGAAACAAAGUGAUUUAACUCCUAAAUGGUAGUUAAUUGAGCAGUGAAACCCGAGAAGCAUGAUCUAUACACUAAAACUGCUUCAUUAAGCUAAAGUUGUUUAGGUGACUAUAGUGUUCCUUUAACUUUUUAAAUAGUUUUUUGUUUAGUUUGCUUCUAUUAAAGAACCGAAAGUUAGAAUUCAUUCUAUAAAUAUCUCUUAAUAGUUCUAUAGAUAUCUAUUUAAAUUCUGCUACGUAAUAAUAAUGCUUUUUAUCUAAUUCUGUCUGUUUGUGUUACAGGAAUGUUAAAGGAAGCCAUAUCCUGAUAUCAGAAGAAGGUCUUGUAUCUCUUUCUGGCCUUAGUCGUCUAUACAGUCUGAUAAGAAGGGGAAAAAAGGCUAAGGUGGUAUAUGAUUUUCCAAAUUUCAGCACUGCAAUGCUUCCUUGGUUUGCUCCAGAACUACUGAGGCAGGUGUGUAUUUCUUUAACACCCUUUUCGAGAAAAUGACUGUCUAAGAAAAUCAAAUUUUUUCUUUUUUAAAUGCCUGUUGGGAAAUGUCAUGAAUCCCCAUUCCUUCCAAUGGAAAUAUGACAGAGUUUUCAGGAUUAUACCAUGUCAUCUUGUAAUCUUUCCGCAAAGUUGAGCAUACUUUACAGCCACGGACAAAUAUGUAUUCUUGGACCAUGCAAUAAUUUCCACGGAGUGGGAAAAUAUAUUAAAAUGCUGAAAUAAUCUGCUCCCUUUUCUUUGUAAGAAAUAAGCUGCUAGAUUUGGAUUUUGAAUACCCAACUUACAGCAGCACGCGUGUAAAAUGCUAAUAGUUAAUAUACUUUAUACCACCUACAGUUUAUACAGUGACCUGCAUAAAAUCGGGCAUAUGGGUUUUAUAUUGCAGUGUUAUCUGUUUUGUUAUGUGGUAUCUGAUUAUUUCUCUUUUAUUUGCAUUAAAGGAACACUCCAAGCACCAUAACCACUACAGAUUGCUGUAGAUGUAAUGGUGCCAGGAAUGAUCUCGCACCCCUCUAAGUAGUCAACCUGUUUUUGAAUGGCUUGGGGUAAGCCGGGCAUAUCUUCCUGCCUUCAUGACCAAUGCCAGAGAGCUUGAUGCUUCUAAGCAGGAACUUCUGUUAGAUCACUUGCUGAGAGCAACUAUUUAAGUCUCUCAGACUGGCAUUUGGGCAGUGCCCAUUCAGCUGCUAUGGAUGUAGCCUGAGAUUGACAGGGGUGAUCAAAGGAUAUCUUUAGCAAGCUUCUGCAUGGCAGUAUCAGCCCAGAGAUGGCUCUUUAUUCCUUACUGGAAAAGGAUCUCCCUCGUCAGCUUAGCAGACAUGUUGGGGGUCUGUAAUGCUUAAAGAAAUUGGAGCAAGGAAGCCUAUGCCACUACAGUGUCAGAACUGUGCCAUGUUAACCAGAGUUAAUAGCCUGCUGCUCUUUCUCCUCUCUCUCCCCUCCUCCCCCCCCAUGUCCAAGGGAGACCCGAGAGCAGAGUUGGGCUCUGACUCAUCUCUACACUCACCAAAUGUUGUGGAAUUGAGAGGGUGCACAACAAAAAAAACUUGCCUCCCCUGGCACCCCAUGACCUUACUACGCCUGUGCUCAGUGAUGGUGUUUGUUUUACUCAUUUACAAAACCAUUUGAUAAUUUUGGGGGUAUAUGAUAAUUGGUUAAACAUGUUGUAUGUGGUUUAUCUAGUUCUUUAUUGUUGAAAUCAAGGUGAUAAAAAGGGUUCUGUUAAUUUGUCAAUAAAUAUUUUGAAUGUUGUUGCUUCAGCCUCACUGGGUAACGUACAGGGUAGAGCCCUUUUUUAUUGAACCAAUAAGAGCAAAAGUAAAUGUCAAUAAUGUCCGAAUAUGAUUGCGAUUGCGCAACUUCUGUUGGCAGCUAACAAUUCUAGAUUGUAAUCGAUCCCAAAGUGUUUAAGAUAUGAAUCUAAUGAAUGAGCAUUGCUCUGAUAUCAACAGAUUAAAUUUUUUUUUUUUCUCAGGACCUCUUUGGGUACAAUGUGAAAUCAGAUAUCUACAGCCUUGGCAUCACUGCCUGUGAAUUGGCUACUGGCCGUGUACCAUUCAUGGACAUGCACCGCACUCAGGUGAGUCACCGUUUUUAUAUUUAACAAGGAAAUACAGAUGUCAUGUAAUGACAUAUUAGUGAAUGCAAUAAACUUGUGAACAUGGAGGUUAUAUUUCAUUUUUUUUUUUUUUUAAAGUGUGUAAGUUGCUAGUAAACACGUGUUUACCUCCUAGAAAUAAUGCGUUAAGCUCUGUAUACAAAAAAAAAACAUAAAAAGUGGGGUGCUUAUAAAACACGCACAGAGAUUGUUAAAGGAAAUGCAUCAGUAUUUCUGUCCCCACAUGUAGAAAUAGGAUCUCGCGAGUGUCCUUCACAGUCACCCUACUUUCGUGAUAAAUUACACUAUAUUUCACUUUUCCUGUUUGCGUUUCAAAUUUCUCAUAAAGCAAGAUAUAGUGCAACAUUGUAAAAUGUGCACAAUUAUUAUUAUUAUAACAGCCAUUCCACUUUUUAUUUUGUUUUAUUCAUUCAAUGCAAAAUGCCCAUAUGUUUUAAUGUUCUAAUUCUUAAACAUAUAUUAAUGUUAUAAAGUUCCUGUUCUCUAGAGCUGUCAGCGAGUCUGGCAUAUAAUCCCAUAUGUAGAACACAAUCAAGGUCUUGGCGCAAUUAAAACAAAUUCUGAUACAAUGACCUGCUCCUUUAUAACACAGAUAUCUAUGAUGUAAAAUGUAAAUUAUUUUUUAAGAACCUUUUAUAUAUCCAAAAGUACAGUGCUGUUCAUUCACAAUUGUGAUAUAUAGAGCGGUACAUAUAUAGCAACAUAUAAUAUAAUUGUACACGUCCCUGCUAUGAAGGAUGUUAGAAAACAAUUGUUCAGAGUCUUUAGAUUUUUUUUUUCAGAAUUGAAAUGUCAUGAAAAGUAUUGAAAUUGAUAAAUAAUGCAAUCAUCUCCAUUAAUUUAAAUAUGUUUGCCUUACGAUGUGUAGAUACAGUCUAACCGUAUGUUGGAGAAUUUAUCCAAGUCACUCAGAACUUUUGAUCUCAGCACAUCCUAAUGCUAAACAUUCUAUGUCACUGUGCAAUAUCCAUAGAUGCUGCUUCAAAAACUGAAAGGCCCACCGCACAGUCUUCUGUAUGAUAACACGUUUCCCUGUGAAGAGUCUCCGAUGAAAAUUUCCCGUUCAGGAGUAGAUUCAGGAAUUGGGGAGAGUGUGGUUGCUGCAAGCAUGACUCAAACAAUGACAAGUGAAAGACUAAGAACCCCCUCUCCGAAAACAUUUUCAUCAGCCCUACAGAAUUUUGUUGAAAUUUGUCUGCAACAGGAUCCUGAAAGAAGGUAAUUGAUGUAAAUGUGUCAGUUUGUCUUUCUUUUUUUUUUUUUUUUUAGUUAAAAUUAUUUGUGUUGAAACGGUUACGUCUGAUAUGAUGUAGAAGCUUUUAUUUAGAAAUAAAUAUUUAUUGAUAAAGAAAGUAAAUUAAUAACUAAAACAGGAUAGAAUUAUCAGUACAUCCACACAUAGCUGUUUGUUUGAGGUUACCCAUAGACUCCUUAUGCCAUAAACAUUCCAAUCAGCUGUAGUAGUUAUGGUACAUAGAAUGUCUCUUUAUUUUCUUGUACUUAAUUUUUUGUAUUUUCAUUAUUAUUUACCUACAUCACAGGAUGACUUUGUAUUAUGAUUUGCUCAGCAAUUAUACAGAAUCUGCUUGCUCUAAAUGUAUUUUACUUUUCUCUAGACAAUAAUAAGGUUUGAUUUUAAAAAAAAUAAAAAAUUAAAAAAUCCAAUCAGACAUUAAUCGUAGUAAAUAGAAUGUAUGGUCUACAGGCAAAUUUCUUGAUAUGAUAAAUAGGUUUCGGGUAUUACCAAAAUUUGGCCAAGACUACAAAGCCAUUAAAUUGCACUGAAUGAAAUAAAAGCACAAAAUUGUGGUGACAAGCCAGGGGCACUCUUAACAAUUUUUAAGUGAAUGCUCUAGAAUGUAAGGUCAUUGAGCAGGGCCCUCCACGUCUCUGUUCCUGUACGUCCAGUUGUCUGGUUAUAAUUACAUGUCUGUUAGUCCACCCAUUGUACAGCGCUACGGAAUCUGAUGGCGCCAUAUAAAUAAUAAAACAAUAAUUGAGAUGGUUGUAUAAGGCAGGACAUACAGUGUUAUAGAAAAGUCAAUACAAUAUUAUUAACCAGCAUUAACUUUUUUUUAAUUUUUAUUUGAAUCCACUUAUGGAUGUUUGCAAAAAUUAAACUAUGUAAUAACAGUUUUAUUUGAACUCUUUCACAUUGUGUAAUACCCUAAUUUUAUUCGUGCCUUAGAAGAAAAGAUCCUUUGUAAAGACUUUGAACUCCUGGUUGUUUUGUUUACUGACCACAUAUCAGACUGCCUUUUUAGUUUUAUAUUUUUCUUUUAUUUUUGUGCAGGCCUUCGGCAAGUACUUUGCUGUCUCACGCUUUCUUCAAACCAGUAAGUCAAUUCCAUCUCAGAUCAAAAUAUUUUUUCUGGCCCUGGUUUGUCCCAGUAUAGCCCACCCCUUCUACAUCAGUUCCAUCAGUUCUACUAGGUCAGUUUUUAAUAUGUUCAGGUUGCCCCAUACUUAUAAAGAGAUUCUUGACUAAGGAAAUAUAAACGGAAAAGUAUAGCAAGUUUGAUUUCUAUAUAGAAAUAAAUAUAUUAAUUAAAAAAAAAAAAAAAUGUAAGUUUGCGUAAAGCCCAGCACACUGUUAUUGUCAGCUGUGAUGAAGUGGUGUAAAUUCAGGUCUGUCACAGUGUAGCUGAAAAUCAUGGUUAUAGUAGUGGCAGGACCAGGGACAGAUUUACAUCACAAGCACCUGUAGAAACAGAAUUUACACACAAACACCAAAAUAAACCGUUUCACUAAGAACAUCCAUAAUCUAGAUUACUAUCAAAUAAUAAAUAGAAAGAACAAGUGAGAAAUAGAAGGAAGGGGUUUAGCAGCUAGAGAGGUGUGUAGCCAAGUGUAGGAAUAGGUAUAAUUAACUUUUUUUGUUUUGUUCAGGGACAUAGAGGGAUAGUAGGAACAGAAAUUGCAUGGCAGCAUUGUUGAAUGGACAAUUACAUUAUCAAGGUUAAUUACUAAAGAGAGAAUUUCUGUAAUUGCAGAGUGAGUUCAAUGUGAAUUCCAAAUUAAAGGCCAAAUUAGCUGAAUUGAAAGCAGAGAAUUUUUCUAAUUUGGCCUAAAUGUUUUACUUUAAUUAGAAUUCCUGGCCUUUCUCACCGUGAAUAAUUCUGUGAGUGGGUGCGUUCUUACGUUUUGUAUUCCACAGGUAAGAGAACAAACACAUGGCACAUUGGCACAGCUGCUGCCUUCUCUGGCACAGCACAAAAUUCAGCGCUCGGUCGGACCAUCAGUGAACUGGAAUAAACAAUACGGCUCGAUUCAAUAUGAGCACAGAGAAUGGACGUUUGAAUAAUACUGUUUACAUAUUUUUUCCUUUUCUUGUUUUUUUUUUUUUUGGCCAUGUUUAUAAAAUAGUGAACUGUGAAAUGAUUUCAACUUCUGCCUGAUGAGAUAUAUAUGUGUGUAAGUAAUAUACAUACACCAACCGUGCUAUCUGCCUGAACAGAGCAUAAUGUGAAUAUGCAAGGAUUGCACUACUGAUCUUCAAAGCUUCAGUGAGCAGAGAAUAACACUAUUUAACAUGAUGUGACCUGUUGUUGCAUUUGAAUUCUAUUGUAAAAACUGUGUUUCUGAACGCCGCAUAGUUGUUGUUUUUUUUUAAUUUUUUUUUUAUUAUUACCUGUUGUAUGAAUUUAAGGUAAAGAAAUAUCCUAGCACAACCUACGUGUGAUUUAUAAUGGAAAACAAGUUACGUCUAUCUAGAUGACCUCAGCCACUCCAUUGCUUUCUCAUAGGAAAGCAUUGUGAGCCUAGAGCGCAUGCACGGUAAACCACGCUGCGCCGAUCAGAUGGUCACUAUCAAUUUGACAGCCAUUAGAGGCAUAUAAACCCUGACAGCCACUAAAGAAAUUUAAACCUUGCAAUGUAAACAUUGCUGUUCCUGCAGAACAUUAAUGUUUUACAUUGCAGGGAGAUAUGGCAUCCAGACCACUUCAUUGAGAUAAAGUUGUCUGGGUGCUUAUAGUGUCCCUUUAAAUCACAGUUAACAAGGUCUACUCCAAAUCAAGAUUGAAGCAAAGUGAACAGAAAAACAAUGUUUAAGAGCAUCAUCUAUUACUGGUUAAACUCUAAAAGUUCUGUAGUCACCAUUAGGCCUUCUCAAAAGGAUAUUUUUUUGCCAAUUUAUUUUUCCAAAGAUAUUUAUUGGAUUAUUAUUUUUUUUUAUAUAUAACAAGGAGACAAGGUAUCCAAUUACAUCGAUGAUGAGCGUUAACAGAGUUAAUAUAGAAGUUUCUGUUUACUUAUCAGGUCCCAGGUUUCCCAGUCUCCACAUGGGGAACAGAAAGGUAACAUGAAAGAAUAUGCAAUCUAACCCUACAAGUGACCCCAAUAGCCUGUUAUUACUGACAAUGUUUAAGAGGUACUGUAAUAGUUAUUUUUGUUAUUCAGUAACUAUUUUAGAUAAAUUUAUUUAUUUUUCAUUUGGAGAAAUACAUUACCAAAGGCACAGUUACUGCAGUUUAAAGUGGACUGCCAAUCUGGGGCUGAAAUCUGCAAGAAUUCCUAAGUGACAUGACCACUCUAUUCACUUAAGUGAAUAACAUUUUGUUAAACUCUGUCUAGACUCUAUACCAGGCAUAGGCAACCUUCGGCACUCCAGAUGUUUUGGACUACAUGCUUUGCCAGCAUUAUGGGUGUAAGAGCAUUAUGAAGGAUGUAGUCCACAACAUCUGGAGUGCCGAAGGUUGCCUAUCCCUGCUCUAUACCAUCUGCUCUCAGAAUUUCCCCCUAUUUCAGAAAAGCAAAGUCUUCCUAAACUGAACUCAUAGAAGCUGCUGUUUGAAUGUCCAGAUUCAAUUUAAAGGAACAAUCCAAGUACCAUAACCACUAGCGCUCACAGUAGUAAUUAUGGUGCUGGGAUUGCCCAGUGUACUUAGUCAGACUGUUUGCUAAUGGUUUGACUCCUUCCCUGGGGUCUACUUAGUGCUGGUCCCUUCCUCUGCCACUGCUAAAAGACCUUUGCCUGAGCUAAGCCCGUGUGAAGACUUGCACUAAAGGGGCAACAGGGCACUCUUGGCACCAUAAGCACUACAGCACACUGUAGUUGUUAUGGUGUUUGGAGUUUUUCUUUAAAGGGAAACUUCUAGCACCAUAAUGUCUAGAAUUCUGUUUUGCAUUUAUGGUGCAGCCCCUCAGUGUGCGUUAAUCUGUUUUUCUAGAGGUUUGACAAAAAAAAAGACAGGAUACCCCGGCACAAAGUCUCAACCCCAUCUUGCAUCAUUGCAUGACAGAAAUACUUUACCCAUAGAGUACUUGUACAAUAACCUAUACGGAACGUUGCAGUGCUCAGUGUGCCUUUAAUGUUCCUUAAAGAGGCAAGAAGUUAUAGAAAGGGGGCUUCCUUGUUUCUAGAUAGCCUCUGGGAAUACCUUGUUCUAGUGAACAUUCAUCCCUGGAACAGAAAUGACAGUUGAGUCAAGUUCAUUUUUUACGCCCCUCACCGGUGGUCUAGUCAAGUGCUUUAAAUUUGUUCACAUCACUGCACUAUAGACCAGGGUACCCACAGGAGGAAAGGUAUGAUGAGCUUGGGACAGUGUCGCAUGCAUUUAAUGAAAAAGGUAAAUAGCCAUUUCUGUUUGUUUCUAAGUUACAUGUGUUUAGGGAUAAACGUGAACUUUUAAAAUUAGAUCUUUUUUUAUUAUGACAUCUUUAAAUAUGUAAAUGACUGGUAUGGAAUAUUGAUAUCAUUUUAUUAUUUCUUUGUUGUUGUGAUGGUACUGUGACUAUAUAUAGCUAAGAAAUAUUUUCAUAUAUGUAUAUUUUCAUUGCAACUGAUCGUUUACUGCAUCUUCAAUAUUUUGUUAUCGACGUUAUAAUAAGCGCUUAGAAUUGCCUGUAGCUUUUGAAAUCAAAUUAACGUGUUAUUUUUAUGUGGAAUUUUAUUUAUUUUUAUUUUUUUUGUCCACUGAUGCACCCAGUGCCCUGUCCCACUGCAUAUAGUAAGCCGAUCAAUGAGUCAGGAAUAAAAAUCAGGAAGACCGCUUUUAGAAUUGCAGCUGGAUGCAUUUGCAUUUAAAUUGGUAAAAUGUUGAAUUGUGACAAGAAGUGCGUGUUAAACAUUUCUUAAAGAAUACACUGCAUGUUUCUCUGUUUUUCAAAUGAGAUGAACUCACUUUUUUUCCUGAGAGUAGUCUAGUCACUCUAUACAGGCUCCAAGGUUUGAAAAUAUGAAAUCAGGGAUUGUAGCCAAAGUGGUGGCAGUUAGUAGCGCAGUGCAUGUGACUGGUAAUGCGCAACUAGAUAUAUUUGUUAAGGGCUGUCAACGUGCAGAGAAUUGCAGAAGCAUUCUCACGGGCAGAAAUGACUGCAUUGCUGCAUGAACAUGAGCCCUGGACAGGAUUUCCUAAUUGGGACUGUUAACUGCAAGACCUACACCACUGGUAUUUCUGCUGAAAUUGGGGGUGGGUGGGAAAUUACAAACCCCAAUAAAAAGCUAAAAUCUAUAUCUAUUAAAAUUACCUAAAAAAACUUUAAUAAAGUAGACAAAAUAAAAACUAUUAAGUAGUCAAAUGGGUAGUAAUUCCUCUGGUAUAAUUAGGGGUAUUUUGUGAAUAAAACUCUUUAAUUGUUUGGGGUAUUUACUUUUUAUGACCCUGAUAUUUAACUUGUGGUAUAAAAUAUAAACCUUUGAAAAAAUAUUUCAGCUAACUGGACAUAUAGACUCCAAACACCAUGACCACUUCAGAUCACUGAAUUUGCAUUUUGCUUAGAGUAACCCUUAAUAGUCCAAAUCUCAGUAAAUUUGUCAUUUUAUACAAAAGAAAUUGUGUUUUUAGUUUGUGUUUUUUUAAUUAACUUUUAUAACAGUCUGAGCACAAGUGAAUUGGUAAGAAUUACUAAACAAUUCACUUAAUAAAUUCUCUUUCUAUUCUAUAAAGGGAAUUAUAACUAGACCUGAAGCCAGCUUUUUAUGUUGGCGAUGGCAAUAUUGCAAAAAUAAUAAUAAUAAUUGGAUUGUUUUAAAGGACCACUAUAGUGCCAGGAAAACAAGUAUGUUUUCCUGGCACUAUAGUGCUCUGAGGGUGCCCCCACCCUCAGGGUCCCUCUCCUGCCGGGCUCUAGUGGGUGGAAGGGGUUGAACUUACCUCUUUCUCCAGCGCCGGGCAGGGGACUCUCCUCCUCCUCGGCUAAAUGCGCACGGGCGACAUAGGAAAGCAUUCACAAUGCUUUCCUAUGGACGCUGGCGUCUUCUCACUGUGAUUUUCACAGUAAGAAGCGCGGAAGCCCUCUAGCGGCUGUCAGUGAGACAGCCACUAGAGGCUGGAUUAACCCUAUUAUAAACAUAGCAGUUUCUCUGAAACUGCUAUGUUUAUAGAAAAAAGGGUUAAUCCUAGCUGGACCUGGCACCCAAACCACUUCAUUAAGCUGAAGUGGUCUGGGUGCCUAUGGUGGUCCUUUUAAAAGAGAUUCAGUCUACUUUUCCUACAGAUGUACAGAUGUUAUCUAAAGUAUUGAGCUAUAUUAUCAGGUAUUGACACAGUGAAACAAAAUUCUUCCAAGGUCUGCUAUCAAUCACAGUAUUGGCUGAUCAGGAUAAGUCAGGAAAGUGUUAAGUGCUGGAAUACAUGUGUUUUCAUUAAAAAAAAGGAUACAAUGAAUAAGACAAACAGGGUGAUUUACUAAAGUGAGGAUUCAAAUGAAUUUUUGAUUUAAGGCCAGAGUAGCCAGACUGAAAGAGUAGCUGAUCUAAAUAAUUAUUCCACUUUGAAUUCACACAUUUGUAAAUCAUUAAAGUAUUUAUUUUUUAUUUCACUUAUAACCACUACUAUGUGUGUGCCUUAUUGUUUAUGUAAGCUUUUAAGAAUGCCAAAGUGACACAUGGCUGCUUUUAAAGUAUAUUCCUGUAUGUAAUAUAAACUUGUUUGCAUUUUGCUGGAAUGUAUAAUUAUAUAUUUUUUUUCUAUGCAUGCACAUAUGUUUAUAAAUGACUUUGGAUCCUACAA